AGCAGUCCUUUCCACACUAGGGACAAAUGAAGGUAAUCCUUUGGUUUGCAGUUGCAGCUGCUAAUAUAUUGCCCGGGAGAUGUUUACAGCUCGGCGUGCUAAACAAAGCGAAACGAAACACUCCUGAACAUUUCAUUCAGAAGGUGUUCUGAAAAGCUGAGGAGGAAACUCUGAGAAUAUGAGCCCUACAAGAGUCCUAGGGUGAUUCUCACCCCUCAGUGAACAGGGAAGCACGCAGCCAGAAAGAAAAUGAGAUGAAGCAAUUCUGCCUGAAAUAUCAUUUUGUGGGGAAAAUAAUGAUUCCUUUUAACUCUCGAGUUACUCUAUGGAAGCAGAGGAAACUAAAAUGGGAAAGAUAAAUGGGAACAUCUUGAAAGAUUGACACUCCAAAAAUACAUCUGCAGGACUAGGCAGGCUUGAAAUAAUGAGACUUCUAUUUUUGUUUGACUUUUGCAUCUUUGAUUGGGAGGAACUGGGCUGCAAAGCAUCCCAGAGAGGAACUUUCUGUUGUCUUAACCUGUCAGGAUUGCCACCGCAACUUAAAAAUUGCUUUUUAGAGGACUUCGAUUAAUAGGGAGCUAAUAUUUAGACAGGAAUUUGCCAGAGAGCCCAUAAGGCUGUUAGAUGCUUUGUCAAGCUCCUGAAAUGUGAAGCGCUGCUUCGACUUCAGCCCCCUGCCACACCAAUUUUAGGAAAGAGCUGCCCCCCACCUCAAAGCAAAGCUGUCUUCCAAACAACCGGACCCAAUGGCGGAGACUUCAGCGGAUCCCUCGCCUGAACCUGUAACCAGGAAAAAGAAAAGUCUGUCCAUCGAGGAAAAAGUCGACAUCAUUAAUGCUGUCGAAAGUGGCAAGAAAAAGACAGAGAUUGCAGCAAAAUAUGGGAUAAAGAAGAAUUCGAUAUCUUCGAUUAUGAAGAACAAGGAUAAGGUCCUGGAAGCCUUCGGAUCUUUGCGGAUUGAUCCUAAACGAAAAAGACUAAGAACCGCUUUUUACACGGAUCUGGAAGAGGCGUUAAUGAAGUGGUACCGAAUUGCUCAGUGUCUGAGUGUACCAGUAAAUGGGCCGAUGUUGCGGCUCAAAGCUAAUGACUUUGCCCAGAAGCUGGGACAUAGUGAUUUUAAAUGCAGUAAUGGCUGGCUGGACCGUUUUAAAUCAAGGUAUGGCUUAGUAUUCAGAGCUCAGCCCGUGGAAGCUGCGACAACUUCAGCAGAUGCUUCGACGGUCUGGCACCAAAAUGUGCUCCCUCAUUAUUUGAAUGAGUAUCGCCCCAAGAACGUGUUUAAUGUGAAGGAGAUGGGGUUGCUUUAUCGGAUGCUGCCAACGAACACUUUUGUGUUUAAAGGGGAAACUUGCUCCAUUGGAAAACUCAGCAGAGAGAGAAUAACUCUGGUGGUUGGAACCAACAUGGAUGGCUCGGAGAGACUCCCUUUACUUGUCAUUGGGAAAAACAAAAAUCCCCACUGCUUUAAAGGGGUAAAAUCACUGCCUGUGGAGUAUGAAGCAAACAGAAUGGCAUGGUUGACCUCAGAAGUGUUCGAACAGUGGAUGCAGAGGCUGGAUGAGAAAUUUCAAGCUCAGCAACGCCGAGUAGUCAUUUUUGUCGAGACUCUUCCGGCGCACCCAGAGGUGAAGAACCUAAAAUCGAUUGAGUUGGCAUUCUUCCCUUCCUGUUCAUCUUCCAAAUUUGUAGCCAUGCAACAAGGGAUUAUUAAAAGUCUGAAAGUCAAGUACCGACACUGUCUCAUCCAAAAAUUUGUAAACUGUGUGGAGGGCAGCAAGGAGUUUACGCUCUCUCUUCUGGAUGCGGUUGACACCUUACACCUGUGUUGGAGGACAGUAACUUCAGAGACGAUUGUCAGGAGCUUCGAAGAGGCGGGAUUCAAAUCACAGAAGGGAGAAGGCAACAAAACACUCAUAGAGACUGAAAGUGACUUAGAUCUGAUUUCCCAUGCCCGGGCUGCGGGAGUGGAAUUUCCAGAAGGCCUUUCUCUAGAGGAAUAUGCAGCUCUGGAUGAUGAUUUAGUGACAUGUGAAAUGGUUUCUGACAGUGGGCUGAAAUGGAAGAAAGAUGAAACUUCGGAGGAGAAGGGCUCUUUUACCUCUGAUGAGGACGAGGAGGAGGAAGAUAGUGGAAUUCCAGAAACUGAACUGCCUUUGCCAUCAAAAAAUGAGGCCUUGGCUGCUUUAGAUACCUUUAAAAGAUUUCUUAGAAGUCAAGAAAUGACUGAGGGACUUCAUAAUUCCCUAGCAGACCUUGAAAAUUUUAUUCAGCAUACAUCAUCUAAAUAAUGCUGUGAGAUGAAUAGCUUUCCCAUAUUAAUAGUCAAUUAAAAACAAAAAUGGAAACUUGGUUGUUAAGGAUUAUGUAGUUAAUUUGCAAGGAUCUGUGAUUUGGAAUUGCAGAUAAAAUAGAGUGGUAGUCUCGAGUUGAAAAUCAUGUCUGUCAACUAAGAAAAUUUCUUUGGA